GUCAAGACAAAAUUCAAUGUACAUAUGUAUCCGAAGCACAUCCGAAGCUCGUACUUGAGAACCACUGCUUUACAUAACAUGUAGCAACACCUAGGGUAAGAUCUUAUCUUAUCGUGUUUCCCAGCGCCAUCAUGAUGACUGCUGACAUCCUUUGUCCCAUGACUUCACGAUCUGCCAGUCUCGGUCACUCACUUUUUCGGGACCGUUUCAGGAACGCUCCUACCGUCCAAUGCCUUGCUAUGCUACUGGAUAACUCUCGCUCACCUCUGCUCCUGUCCUUCAAUCUAUGUUUUGGGGUUCCCGCCACCCACUCAUUCUCAAGGCACCCUUCAUUUGAUAUCUCCAACUUGUCCAAUGUCGACAUCACCCGACUGACAUCUACACGCUGUAAACCAGUCAGAGCGCGACACCCCUAUGCGGCUGCGACCGAGUGCAUACAGCCGGCUGCGGAAUUCGCACACCGAAUGACUCCCGUCAGCAGCCCUUGACGCGGGGAUGUCAAGAGUGAGGCGAGAGUGCUAUAAGGGACAGGUGCUGCAUUCCCACCUCCCUCAAUCGUCUCCCGUUGGAUCCAGCCCUCGCAAUGUCCUCCCACAGCCCCAUCUUUGGUCUCUACUGUUUACCCUCGGGCGCCUCCGCCGCGUGCACCCCCGUGUCGUUUCCGCUGCUGAGCGUGCGCGUCUCUGCGCGUCUCACAGACCUCUCGGCGCAGGUCACGCUGGUGCAGACGUACCUCAACGCCACUGCGCCCGAAGUGCCCACGUCGACCGAAGCUCGCUACGCGUUCCCCGUCCCCGCUCGGGCGGUCGUUCACAGCUUCACGAUGAUCCGGGCGGACGGGACGAGGGUCGUGGGGCGUGUACAAGAGAAGCGUGCGGCGAGGAAGACGUAUGAUUCCGCCGUCCAGCGCGGCAAACAGGCCGGGAUUCUGGAGCAGUCGACACCCGAUGUCUUUCGUGUUUCAGUGGGGAACAUACCUCCCAAUGAAGAGGUCCGAAUCGAGUUGGUCUAUGCUACUGAGCUCACGGAGGAUGAGGAGAACGAUUCGGUGCGGUUUCACGUUCCCAUGCACAUUGGGGCCCGGUAUGGUGCUGCGCCUGCGGAACUCGGUGGUUUUGGGAGCCAAAACGUUCCCUCCCAUGGUGUAUUCCUCGAGAUGAUUACACACAUCGAAUCCACGUCGCCGAUAUCCAAAAUUGGCUCGCCAUCGCACACAGUUUCCACGGAGCUGGGCCCGGACCCUGCGUUGCCCAAUGCAAGCCAGCUGCCCUUCUCACACUACGCUCGGGUCUCCUUGUCUUCCGACGCUCAGCUGCAGAAGGACUUUGUGUUGACCGUCAAGUCUGCUGGGCUCGACGCCCCGCGCUGCGUAGCUGAGACCCGGGAUGGAGAAGUCGCGAUGGGAUUGACAUUCGUCCCGCGGUUCGUGCUUCCCCCCGUUGCGAGACAGGAGUACAUUUUCCUGGUCGACCGCAGUGGAUCGAUGGAUGGCCAGCGGAUGGUCGCGGCGCGCAAGGCCCUGGUCGUGAUGCUGCGCUCGCUGCCGCACCGCGACUCCUCGUCGUUGUUCAACAUCGCCUCAUUUGGCUCAGAUUGCACACUUCUCUGGCCCCAGGGCAGCCGAGCGUACAAUCAGGAGACGCUGGAGCAGGCGACGGAGCACGUCGAUUCGAUGCGGGCUACAUACGGAGGGACCGAAAUUCGGUAUGCCUUGCAGACAUGCUUUGCGAAGCGCCAAUCCGACCGGCCGACGAGUAUCUUCAUGUUGACGGAUGGCGACGCCUGGGAUCUGGCCGGCGUGCUGGAGCUGGUGAAAGGCACGGUGAACGAGCAUCCUGUGCGCGUGUUCGUGCUGGGCAUCGGCGACGCCGUGUCGACGGCUAUGUGCGAGGGAAUCGCGCGCGUGGGUAACGGGGCGUGUAUGUUCGUGGGCGAGAGCGAGACCAAGUUCACAGGGAAAGUCGCAAGACUGCUCAAAGCGGCCAAGACGCCUGUCAUCGGAGAUGUCCAUGUCGACUGGGGAUCGACAGUCGUCAGCGAUGAAGCUGAAGAGGAAUUUGAAUUACUCGAAUGUCCUCCCGCGCCACAAACGAAACGAUCUGCCAAGCUAAAUGUGUUUGACUGCGAUGUCGAUGUCCUGGAGUCGGACGACAGUCCAGCUCCUCCGCCGUCUCUCGAGAUUAAUCUGCCACCAAUUCCUUCUGCCCAGCAAUCUCCGUUCAAGAUUCGCAGUCUGCUACCUGGUGUGCGGUGUACUGUUUAUGCCAUCUUGCAAUCAUCACAGAUUCCCCCUAAAGUAGCUCUCCGCGGCAGCACUACAGACGGUGCCACCAUCGAGCUGCCUGUAGACGUCACUGCCAGCUGUCUGGGGACCACAGCACUGCAUGCUAUUUCCGCGCGCAAGAUUAUUCAGGACCUGGAAGACGGACAGCACGGGCUAGCGCGCGAUGGCGACCCAGAUCUGCUCACUCGGACAGUGAAUGCAGCGAUCGUGCGAUUGGGCACUAAAUACGGCAUCGCGUCGUCGCAGACGUCGUUUGUCGCCGUGGAUGAGACUAUCGAGAGCGUUGAUGCAAAUGAAGUGGAGACAUUUGAAGAAGGAUUGAAUUCACUGCGGACUUUGGCUUCGGCUUCGGCUUCGUCGGCACCGUCUGCCGGAGUGCACAUGCCAGCAUCAGCGGCGCCGCCGCCACCUAUGCUGAUCGCAGCACCGCCACCCCCGCCGCGAGCACCGCCCCCAGGCUCAGUGGCUCCGAGUUCCUCAUCGGAAUCAGAUGACACAGACGGCACAGGAUCUGAUGCGGGAUCACACACCGCACUUCCCGUCGACGAUGCUGAAGAGUCGGACGACGACAUGGGCUUUGGGGUGUUCGACGGUGGCACACCUCCCCCGCACGUCGACUCGGAUCCACUUGUGGAGCCGGACCCGCUGGAGGCGCUCGCUCGGCUCCAGUCCUUCGACGGGGCCUUCUCCGCCCAGGUGCUCGAUCUCGCGUUCAUGCAUCUCACAGUCGACCGUGCGGGACUCCGGGCGCUGCUGUCGCUGCCCGCUGGGCUCAAGGACGAGGACGUGCUGCUUGCGACGGUGCUUGCGAUGGCGUAUCUGAGCAGCCAGCUGGGAGGGGACGUCGAGCGCGAGUGCUGGGAGGACAUGUACUCCAAGGCACACGACUACGUCUGCGACGCACUGGGCUGGCAGAGCGCGCAGCUGAUGGCAUCACAGGCCAAAGCCGUGGACGUGUUCGGAUAG